AUGGAGGCUGAGCCAUUGGCUGAAACGGAACCGCUGGAAGAAGUUGAUGGUGCUGCACUUUGUGCUUCUGGUGCUUGCGACUCUGAUUUGCCAGCCUCACUCCUUGGAUCGGAAGCAUUCUACAGUGCCCAUGCUUUGGCCCAAACUGACCCAGUGGAGGCUGUGAAGAUGAUGGCUAGUGGUAUGCAACCUCGGCACUUGCAGCACAUGAGCAUAGAAGCAUUCUAUGGGCUCUACCAGUUGUGGUGUGCUGGGAACCAAUAUCAGGAUGACAAUGUGGCCAAGAUCCGGCGCUUUACCCAGGUGUUUGAGGAGAAGUGGAAGCAUUUGCUCCGUUUCCGUGAGGUAUCACAGCAUGCAAGGUGCACUCAGUGCAGUGAGUUCACACAACGUUUGAAGAAAACAUGCUUGGAACACGAGAGGCAGCAGCUUGAGAAAAGCCAGGCAGUUCACAUCAGGAACAUUCGAAUGUUUCGCCAAACCCAAUCCCGAUUGAAUGUGCUCAGUGAGCAGGCAGUUUCGGGUGAGGGUAGCAACAUGAGCAUUUUGAAGCUUGAUCUGGAUGGCUUAGAUCAAGCCAAGACCCGAUAUCCUCGCAUGAACACCAUCAAUUCGAAGUCAUUGGUCGUUGAGAUAUACUUUGUCCUCGAACCGGAUGUACCGAAGGAUUCUUCAACAGAGGUAACUUGCAUCCUGAAAGCCCUGGACCAUGCCAAAGAGAUCUUGGACAAGCGAGGCAUCCCAAUGCCGGAGCACUUGGUGGUGGAGGACUUUGUCAACAUCGUCAAGGAGAAGGUUCAGCCAGUUCGCAAGCGAGACCUACCUCUCUAUGAUGACUCCACUGGUGAUUCAUGGGCACCAGUAGAAAUUCCUGGCGAAGACUACAAUCACUCCCCUGAUGAUGCCAUCUUGCUGGUGAAGUUUUUGGUGAACUCAGAAUCGCUUUCACAACCACCACUCACGUUCGUGCCAGCUGCCUUCAUGCCAAAGAUGUCCAAGGCAGUAGCCAGCUUGCCAAGGAACCUGUUGUCGGACAGGGCAAAGAAAGAGUGGCACAAAUUUGCACCGGGUCCUGUCCUACCAGUUGCUGUGGCCCCUGACAAGACUGCUUCUAGACCAGAGGGGCAGCCGAAGCCAAAGAGAGGUCGACCCCCCAAGAAUCCAGAUGGACCACCAGCGAAACGAGGCCGCCCAAGGAAAAAUGCAGGCCAAGGAACUGCUGAGGAUCCCUUUGCUGAGCAAUCUGCAGUGGCUCCCAUUGCAGUGCCUCCUGAGCCGGUUCAAGAGGUGGGGGAUGGGAUUGGUGAGGAGCCUGCACCACAAGAUCAGCAGGUGAUUGAGGUGCCCCCCAACCAGCCACCACCCCCAACUCGUGCAACAUUUGCUGGGCGAACCCGGGUGGGAUCAGAAAGUUUUCAGAAGCAAUGGGAUGACCGCAGGGCCAAGUACUACCAAAUGGUACCUCCUGAGCUUUGGAAGGAUGGCUUGGAACGUGAUUUCUGGGCUUUGUGUAGCCAAUGUGAGAGCUUAGAUGAUGCUGUGGUGAAGUUCCUUGAGAAGAACCCUGCCAACAAGCCCCUUGACCAACCACCCAACCAUCGUCUUGCUGCAGCCCCGGUUCGUCAGGCAAAGCAGCCCAAAGCAGCAGCAAAGGUGAAGAGCAAACCGGCUUGUCCUGGUGGCCGUGGACGUGGAGCUGGCCGAGGACGUGGGAAGGGUCGAAAAGGGGCAGGUCAGUAG